AUGGCGCUGACGCCCGGGCGGGGGUCCUCGGCGGGGCUGGGCCGGCCGGAGCUGUGGCUGUUGCUGUGGGCAGCCGCGUGGCGCCUGGGGACCACGGCGUGCCCCGCCCUCUGCACCUGCACGGGCACCACGGUGGACUGCCAUGGCACGGGGCUGCAGGCCAUCCCCAAGAACAUCCCACGGAACACCGAGCGCCUGGAACUCAAUGGCAACAACAUCUCUCGGAUCCACAAGAAUGACUUUGCUGGGCUCAAACAGCUUCGGGUGCUGCAGCUGAUGGAGAACCAGAUCACGACAGUGGAACGCGGAGCUUUUGACGACAUGAAGGAGCUGGAGCGGCUACGGCUGAACCGCAACCAGCUGCACGUGCUGCCAGAGCUGCUGUUCCAGAGCAACCAGGCUCUGUCCAGACUGGACCUGAGCGAGAAUGUCCUCCAGGCCAUUCCCAGAAAGGCUUUCCGGGGAGCCACGGACCUCAAAAACCUACAACUGGACAAGAACCAGAUCAGCUGCAUCGAGGAAGGGGCCUUCCGCGCCCUGCGGGGGCUGGAGGUGCUGACCUUGAACAACAACAACAUCACCACCAUUCCCGUGUCCAGCUUCAACCAUAUGCCCAAGCUGCGGACCUUCCGCCUGCACUCCAACCACCUGUUCUGUGACUGUCACCUGGCCUGGCUCUCGCAGUGGCUCAGGCAGCGGCCCACCAUCGGACUUUUUACCCAGUGCUCGGGUCCCGCCAGCCUGCGGGGCCUCAACGUGGCAGAGGUGCAGAAGAGCGAGUUCAGCUGUUCAGGCCAGGGGGAGGCAGCACGUGUGCCUGCCUGCACCCUCUCCUCCGGCUCCUGCCCAGCCAUGUGCGCCUGCAGCAACGGCAUCGUGGACUGCCGGGGUAAAGGCCUCACUGCCAUCCCUGCCAACCUGCCUGAGACAAUGACGGAAAUCCGCCUGGAGCUGAAUGGCAUCAAGUCUAUCCCCCCAGGAGCCUUCUCUCCCUACAGAAAGCUGCGCAGGAUAGACCUGAGCAACAACCAGAUCGCGGAGAUUGCACCCGACGCCUUCCAGGGCCUUCGCUCCUUGAACUCCCUGGUCCUCUAUGGCAACAAGAUCACAGACCUGCCCCGUGGUGUGUUUGGAGGCUUGUACACCCUCCAGCUGCUGCUCCUGAACGCCAACAAGAUCAACUGCAUCAGGCCAGACGCCUUCCAGGACCUGCAGAACCUGUCACUGCUCUCCCUCUAUGACAACAAGAUACAGAGCCUUGCCAAGGGCACCUUCACCUCGCUGCGGGCCAUCCAGACGCUGCAUCUGGCUCAGAACCCUUUCAUCUGUGACUGUAACCUCAAGUGGCUGGCAGACUUCCUGCGCACCAACCCUGUCGAGACAAGCGGGGCCCGCUGUGCCAGCCCCCGGCGCCUCGCCAACAAGCGCAUUGGGCAGAUCAAGAGCAAGAAGUUCCGGUGCUCAGCUAAAGAGCAAUACUUCAUUCCAGGCACGGAGGAUUACCAACUGAACAGCGAGUGCAGCAGCGAUGUGGCCUGCCCUCACAAGUGCCGCUGCGAGGCCAGCAUGGUGGAGUGCUCCAGCCUGAAACUCUCCAAGAUCCCUGAGCGCAUUCCUCAGUCCACAGCUGAGCUACGAUUGAACAACAACGAGAUUUCCAUCCUGGAGGCCACUGGGAUGUUUAAGAAACUUACACAUCUAAAGAAAAUAAACCUGAGCAAUAACAAAGUGUCAGAAAUCGAAGAUGGGGCCUUCGAGGGUGCAGCCUCCGUCAGUGAAUUGCACCUGACUGCCAACCAGCUGGAGUCCAUCCGGAGUGGCAUGUUUCGGGGUUUGGAUGGCUUGCGGACCCUGAUGCUGAGGAACAACCGGAUCAGCUGCAUUCACAAUGACAGCUUCACAGGGCUGCGCAACGUCCGGCUCCUGUCACUUUAUGACAAUCACAUUACCACUAUCUCCCCCGGAGCCUUCGACACCCUCCAGGCCCUGUCCACACUAAACCUCCUGGCCAAUCCUUUCAACUGCAACUGCCAGCUGGCCUGGUUGGGUGACUGGCUGCGGAAGAGGAAGAUUGUGACGGGGAACCCACGGUGCCAGAACCCGGACUUCUUGCGGCAGAUUCCCCUGCAGGACGUGGCCUUCCCCGACUUCAGGUGUGAGGAAGGCCAGGAGGAGGGGAGCUGCCUGCCCCGUCCGCAAUGCCCCCAGGAGUGCGCCUGCCUGGACACCGUGGUCCGAUGCAGCAACAAGCACCUCCAAGCUCUGCCCAAGGGCAUCCCCAAGAAUGUCACAGAACUUUAUCUGGAUGGGAACCAGUUCACCUUGGUUCCAGGGCAGCUGUCCACCUUCAAGUAUUUGCAGCUUGUGGACCUGAGUAACAACAAGAUCAGCUCCUUAAGCAAUUCCUCCUUCACCAACAUGAGCCAGCUGACCACAUUGAUCCUGAGCUACAACGCUCUCCAGUGCAUCCCUCCUCUGGCCUUCCAAGGGCUCCGUUCCCUGCGUCUGCUGUCUCUGCAUGGCAAUGACAUCUCCACGCUCCAGGAGGGCAUCUUUGCAGAUGUGACGUCUCUGUCUCACCUGGCCAUUGGUGCCAACCCCCUGUACUGCGACUGCCACCUCCGCUGGCUCUCCAGCUGGGUGAAGACCGGCUAUAAGGAACCGGGCAUUGCCCGCUGUGCUGGACCCUCGGACAUGGAGGGCAAGCUGCUGCUCACCACACCUGCCAAGAAGUUUGAAUGCCAAGGUCCCCCUAGUCUGGCAGUCCAGGCCAAGUGUGACCCAUGCUUGUCCAGCCCAUGCCAGAACCAGGGCACCUGCCACAAUGACCCUCUUGAGGUAUACAGGUGCGCCUGCCCCGGUGGCUACAAGGGUCGAGACUGUGAGGUGUCUCUGGACAGCUGCUCUAGCAGCCCGUGUGGAAAUGGGGGCACCUGCCGCGCCCAGGAGGACGAGGAUGCCAGCUUCACGUGUUCCUGUCCCCCUGGUUUUGAAGGACCAACCUGUGGGGUGAACGCAGAUGACUGUGUGGAGCAUGCCUGUGUCAAUGGGGGUGUCUGUGUGGAUGGUGUGGGCAACUAUACCUGCCAGUGCCCUCUGCAGUACACGGGAAGGGCCUGUGAGCAGCUGGUGGACUUCUGUUCCCCGGAUCUGAACCCAUGUCAGCAUGAGGCCCAGUGUGUGGGCACCCCAGAUGGACCCAGGUGUGAGUGCGCACCUGGUUAUGUGGGUGACAACUGCAGUGAGAACCACGAUGACUGUAAGGACCACCGCUGUCAGAAUGGGGCCCAGUGCGUGGACGAUGUCAACAGCUAUGCCUGCCUCUGUGCAGAGGGAUACAGUGGACAGCUCUGUGAGAUCCCUUCCCACCCACCUGCUCCCAGAAGCCCCUGUGAAGGGACCGAGUGCCAGAAUGGGGCCAACUGUGUGGACCAGGGCAGUCGGCCUGUAUGCCAAUGCCUACCAGGUUUCGGUGGCCCUGAAUGUGAGAAGCUGCUCAGUGUCAACUUUGUGGAUCGGGACACUUACCUACAGUUCACUGACCUGCAGAACUGGCCGCGAGCCAACAUCACCCUGCAGGUCUCCACGGCAGAGGACAACGGGAUCCUGCUGUACAACGGAGACAAUGACCACAUUGCAGUCGAACUGUACCAGGGCCAUGUCCGAGUCAGCUACGACCCCGGCAGCUACCCCAGCUCUGCCAUCUACAGUGCCGAGACGAUCAAUGAUGGACAAUUCCACACUGUUGAGUUGGUCACCUUUGACCAGAUGGUGAACCUCUCCAUUGAUGGCGGCAGUCCCAUGACCAUGGACAACUUUGGCAAGCACUACACGCUCAACAGGGAAGCCCCUCUCUAUGUAGGAGGGAUGCCCGUGGACGUGAACUCUGCUGCCUUCCGUCUCUGGCAAAUCCUCAAUGGCAGCAGCUUCCAUGGUUGCAUCCGAAACCUGUAUAUCAACAACGAGCUGCAGGACUUCACCAAGACCCAGAUGAAGCCAGGCGUGGUACCAGGCUGUGAGCCCUGCCGCAAGCUCUACUGCUUGCAUGGCAUCUGCCAGCCCAAUGCCACCCCAGGGCCUGUGUGCCACUGUGAGGCUGGCUGGGGGGGUCUGCACUGUGACCAGCCAGCGGAUGGCCCCUGCCACGGCCACAAGUGUGUCCACGGGAAAUGCAUGCCCCUUGAUGCUCUUGCCUACAGCUGCCAGUGCCAGGAAGGGUACUCAGGGGCCCUGUGCAACCAGGCUGGGGCUGCUGCAGAGCCCUGCGGGGGCCUGCAGUGCCUACAUGGCCACUGCCAGGCCUCAGCCACCAAGGGGGCGCACUGUGUGUGUGACCCAGGCUUUUCGGGCGAGCUGUGUGAGCAAGAGUCCGAGUGCCGGGGGGACCCUGUCCGGGACUUUCACCGGCUCCAGAGGGGCUAUGCCAUCUGCCAGACCACACGCCCGCUGUCGUGGGUGGAGUGCCGGGGCGCGUGCCCGGGCCGGGGCUGCUGCCAGGGCCUACGGCUGAAGCGGAGGAAGCUCACCUUCGAGUGCAGCGACGGGACCUCGUUUGCCGAGGAGGUGGAGAAGCCCACCAAGUGCGGCUGUGCCCCGUGCGCCUAGCGGCGCGGGCAUCAC